ACCAGCGCGACCCAAACAUAGCACAUUCGACGUUCUCCCUGGGUUAGGGGCAUGACACUGCCUUCUUUCCAGACGAGAAUCAUUCAGCACUGGCUCCUACAUCUUCACUUCUACCUAGUCCGCAAUCCCCUGCCUUGCCCUGCCUGCUCAUCCGUCGCCGGUCACCUGGACUAGAUCACGCCCAACGACCCUCAGGCCUCCUUCAUACCUCAAAGGUGUGCCUCGUUCAAAGCACUAUUCAUUCCCUCCCACCUCUGUUUGACUCAGCAUCAUACCGCUAUCACAUCACCGCCGUGGCUACUGUUCAACACUCUUUGCUGCUUUGCACGGACGCCGGAUUCAUGGCGGAAGUACAAAGACAAUUGGCGGCCUUGUCCAUCUCGGCCGACCCGCGACCCGAUGAGCGAACUCCCAAGCCAAUCCCCGUGCUGCCACAGACAACAGCGCCUGAGCAAAAACGUCGGAGUCGCCUGGCUGUGGACACGUACUCCCCCGUGAACCAGAACGGCAGCUUUGAGUUCGACCGCGUCAUCAAGAGCGGCUAUGUGCAGAAGCGCACGCAAAAGACAAAGACAUGGCGAACCAUUUACAUUGUCCUGCGACCGAACACGCUCUCCAUCUAUAAGUCGGAUAAGGAGGAGAAACUUCGGCGCAAGAUUUACCUAUCCGACUUGACCGCCGUAACACUCCUAAAAGACCCCAAGAACAAACGACAAAACGUGUUCGGCUUAUUUUCGCCCUCCAAAAACUAUCACUUCCAGGCGCCAACACUGAAGGAUGCUGAGGAGUGGGUCAACCUAAUCCGGCUGGAUGCCAGAAUAGAAGAGGAGGAAGAGGAGAUGUUCCUGGCCAGUCCUGUUGUCCGAUCACCGCCGUUCCUCCCUGGGGUCCAGCUGGGCAACGCCGACUCGAACCGCUCAGUGGUGGCAUCAGCGGACCAUUUCUUAUCGACCUCUCCCGAACCACCCGAGCCUCCGAUACGCAAUCUUGGAAAGCCGCCCUUUGCCCGGAGGGCGUCGCAGUUUGAUUCCUCGGGUCUUUCGGGCACCGAGCUGGCAAGCCAUUCGGAUUUCUCUGACUCGGACAUGCACCGGAUACCAGGCGCAUCUUUUGAGAGCUUGGCGGUCCAGCAACCAUCCACCUCGCCAGGGCCAUCCAGACCCAGUUUAGGAGGAGGGGCCACCGGCAGCCGGGUCAGUGGGACACACCACCACGAGGCCGACCCGGACCGCGUCAUCUGGCAGGGUUGGAUGUGGUUCCACCGCAGCAAAGGGGGGGUGCGCCAGUGGAAGAAAUCGUGGGGCGUCGUGCGGCCAAGGAACCUCAUCCUGUACAAGAACGAGGCCGAGUCGUCGGUGCUGUUCGUCAUGUACAUGUCGUCGAUCGUCAAUGUGGUCGAGACAGACCCAAUGAGCCGGACCAAGAAGCACUGCCUGCAGAUUAUCACGGACGAGAAGAGCUACCGCUUCUGCGCGCACGACGAGGAGGCCUUGGUGCAGUGUCUCGGUGCUUUCAAGAGUCUGCUUGCGAAGCGCCGGGAGCUCGAGGCCAAGGCGGGGACUACUUCGACCGCGAACGCGAAUGCCAACGCGGCUGCAACGGCAACAGUCACAGCCGCAGGGGCGAGUGCUGAACCUCGCUCUCCGCCGUCCUGAACAACAUCACUCCUCCCUCUGUUAGACAUGAACGUGAUUCCUACAACUUUGAGGAAAUCACAAGCGAACCUUGGAACUUGGACAUGGACAUUUUGAGGGAACCAUAGGGGUACAGCGCUCCCUUGACCGCCAGCUUGGCCAUAUGCGCCUUAGUGGCGCCUGUCAUUGC